CUCAAUCUUCUAAAAACAUUUUUUUCAUAAAAUGAAUUGAUAGCCAUAGAAAGAAAAUUUGAGAUAAGAUAGAGUUUACUUCCAUACUUCAUGUAAACCUGUUCUCACUCUUCUCAAGCAUAAGAAACUUCAUGGCAACUAUUGUUGCAGAAGCAUUCCUAUCAGCUUUUGUGGAAGUGUUACUAGAAAAGAUGAUUUCUCACGAGUUUAUCGACUUCUUUAGACCCAAAAAGCUCGAUGUUUCGCUCUUGGAAAAUCUAAAAACAACACUCUUGAGUCUUCAAUCAAUACUAAAUGAUGCCGAGGAGAAACAGAUCACAAAUCAUGCUGUCAAACAAUGGCUGGAGAAUCUGAGAGAUGUUGUCUUUCAAGCUGAUGAUUUGUUUGACAAAAUCAACACAGAGGCGUUACGAUACAAAGUGGAAGCUGAAUAUCAAAGGAAAACAGUAAGUGCUAAGAUGAAAAACAUAUUUUCUUCUAGUUUCAAACAGUUAAAUUCUGAAAUGCUAACACUCUUUGAAAGAUUGGAACACUUUGCACAAAAAGGACACAUUCUAGGAUUGGAAGAAAGUGUUUCGUGCAAUGUUUGGCAUAGAACUCCAACAAGUUCUGUUGUAGAUGAGUCUACUAUAUAUGGAAGAGAUUUAGACAGAAAAAAACUUAAGGAUUUUUUACUGUCGGAAAAUGGCAGUGAUGUUGGUAAAGAAAUAGGAGUAGUUUCCAUUGUAGGCAUGGGAGGGAUCGGUAAAACAACCCUUGCAAAACUGCUUUACAAUGAUUCGGAAGUAAUGGAGAAAUUUGAUUUGAAAGGGUGGGCAUAUAUAUCGAAAGAUUUCGAUAUUGUUCAAGUCACUAAAACUCUUGUUGAAUCUGUUACUUCAAAAACAAAUGAUACAACUAACCUGAAUACUCCGUAUUCUGAAUUUGUCGCCUCAAAAAGAACCGAUACGAGUGACCUGAAUACUCUACAAGUGCAAUUGAAGCAAAGUUUAAACCAAAAGAAGUUUUUGCUUGUAUUGGAUGACAUAUGGGAUCGACGCUAUAUUGAUUGGAACAAUCUUAAGGAUAUCUUUAAUGCAGGGAAAAUCGGAAGUAAGCUCAUCAUCACAACACGAGAUGAGAGAGUUGCGCUGGCGGUGCAAACCUUUCUUCCGAUUCACUAUUUGACACCUCUAGGAAGAGACGAGUGCUGGUCUUUACUUGCCAAACAUGCAUUUGGAGCAUGUAAUUUCCAGCAACAGUCAAAGCUAGAGGUGAUUGGCAAAGAAAUCGCUAAGAAAUGUGAUGGCUUACCAUUAGCUGCAGUAGCAAUUGGAGGUCUUCUUCGCAUUAAAUCGUCAGAGGAUGACUGGAAUAUUGUCUUAAAAAGUAAUGUAUGGAGUUUGGAAAAUGUUGAGGUGCAACCGGCUCUUUUUUUGAGCUAUCAUUAUCUCCCCGCACCUUUAAAACGGUGUUUUGCUUAUUGUUCAAUUUUUCCCAAGAGCUCCAAGUUGAAAAAAAAGACGAUAGUUGAGUUAUGGAUCGCAGAAGGCUUAGUACUUCAGUCUAAAAGUCAGAAAAGUUGGGAAAAGGUAGGAGAGGAAUAUUUUGAUGAACUAGUGUCAAGGUCACUAAUACAUCGUCGACUAGAUGAUGGGGAAGCGAGCUUUGAAAUGCACGACCUCAUUCAUGAUUUAGCUAAAAUGGUUUCCUAUCCGUAUUGUAUCAUGUUGGAUGAAGAGGAGCUGCAUGAAAGGGUACGCCAUUUGUCAUUCAAUAGAGGGAAAUAUGACUCGUACGAUAAAUUUAAGAAACUGUAUGGACUAAAAGGUUUACGCACCUUCCUGGCCUUACCAUUACAACUAUCAUCACAUUCUUGUUCCUUAUCAAACAAGGUAGUUCGCGACUUUUUGCCAAGAAUGAAACAGUUACGAGUUUUGUCUAUGCUAAACUACACGAACAUUACUGAGUUGCCUAACUCUAUUGGAAAUUUGAUAUACCUGCGAUACUUGAAUCUCUCUUACACUGGGAUUGAAAGGUUGCCUUCUACAACGUGCAAACUUUACAAUCUGCAAACCUUGUUGUUGUUACACUGUGGGAAUCUCACUGAAUUGCCUGAGGACAUGGGAAAACUGAUAAAUCUACGCCAUCUUGACAUCAGAGGCACGCAAUUGAAGGAGAUGCCUGUACAAAUUGCAAAGCUAACAAAUCUGCAAACUCUAUCAAACUUUAUUAUUAGCAAACAACAUGAUGGAUUGAAAAUUGCAGAGCUGGGAAAAUUUCCUGAUCUAUAUGGGAACCUUUACAUCUCAAAGCUACAAAAUGUUACGGCGGCCUCUGAAGCAUUUCAUGCAAAUUUGAAGACGAAAGAAAAAAUUGAUUAUUUGGUACUACAAUGGGAUCCACAAGACACUGCUACGAGUACGACUCAAGGUUCACAAAUUCAAGGUUCUGUACUAGAGCAACUGCAACCCUCCACAAAUUUGAAGAAUCUUGGCAUUUAUAGAUAUGGUGGAACAAACUUUCCGAAAUGGCUUGGCGAUUCUACCUUUGGUAACAUGGUGACAGUGAACAUUGGUGGUUGUUACAAUUGCUCACUGCUGCCACCCCUAGGAAAAUUACCUUGUCUGAAAGCACUCUACAUAUAUUGGAUGGAAUCUAUAAGGAGUGUUGGUGUUGAGUUCUAUGGAAGUAGCUGUCCUUCAUUCCAACCUUUCCCUUCCUUAGAGAGACUAGAAUUUAAGGAUAUGCCGGAAUGGGAGGAAUGGAACUUGUUUCCAGGUACAAUUAUAGAGUUUCCUAGUCUAAAAUAUCUAUCAGUGGAUAGAUGUCCAAAACUCAAAGGAAACAUACCAAGCACACUUCCAUCUUUAACCGAACUUCACUUAAGCAAUUGUGAUCUAUUGUUGAAAGCAACACAUUCAGAAGAUACUAUUUUAAGGCCAUCAAAUCUAUCUAGCCAACUGAUGCUUUCUCUCAAUUCUCUUCAAAAGUUGACAUUAGACCGGUUUCCCUCUCUGACAUCCUUCCCAGGAAACAGUCUACCCAAAACCUUACGAUCUCUAUCUCUACACUAUUGUGAGAACCUCGACUUCCUCCAUCAGGAAUCCUUGCACAAUUACACAUCACUUGAGCAACUGUCAAUUGAAUACAGUUGUAAUUCAAUGACAUCCUUUUCCUUGGGCUCUCUCCCAGUGCUUAAAAGCUUGUAUAUUAAAGGUUGCCAAAAUCUCAAAUCAAUUUUUAUUGCAAAAGAUGCAUCAGAGAGCCUCUCAUUUAUUCAAACUAUCCAAAUACAGUAUUGUGAUGAAUUGGAUUCAUUUUUCCCCGACGGAUUGUGCACUCCUAACCUCGUUUGUUUCGGCGUGUAUGGGUGUAACAAGCUUAUUACACUACCAGAACCAAUGAACACUCUUGCUGGCCUUCAAGAAUUGAGUGUUUUCAACCUUCCAAAUCUAGAACAUUUUGCCGCAGAGGGAUUACCUGUCAAUUUACGGAAACUUUCUGUUGGUGGGAUUCAGUGGAAUACACAGUGUAGUUUGGAAGAAUGCUUGGAUGGAAAGUGGCUCCACCAUCUUACCUCUCUCAAAGACCUUGAGAUUUCAGACGCUCCAAAGCUCAAAUCAUUGCCAGAAGAAGGGUUUCCUUCCUCUCUUUCUGUAGUGAAUAUCUCUGACUGUCCAUUGUUGGAAGCAACUUGGCGGACGAAGAAAGGAAAAGAGUGGCGUAAGAUAGCCCGCAUUCCAUGCAUACUUAUCAACUACAAAAUGAUCUCAUGAGUGUCAAGGUGAGUGAGUCACAAUUACUAUUUACUACUACUACUACUACUAUCUUUUUUUCCAUCAUCGUUGUUAAUCCAUGUUGAAACUGGCCCUGCGCGCUGCAAGAUUUUAUUCCUGUUGUAGUUUUAUUAAGUUUCUCAUAAUCACUUUCAAGUUCAUGAAAACUAUUGUAUAAUGUUCCAUAGCUUCUUUUCUCUGAUUCAAAUAUUGUACCGAAAGAGCCUGUGGCUGAAUUCUCAGUCCUAAUCCAAUCAGCUAGCAUCAAAGGUGUCAGCUCAAUGGUAUGAGGCAAACACGGAAUAGUAAAUUUCUGUGUAUCAGAAAUUCAUGAGGUCUAUACUUUCUGACAAGAAAGCUAGCAGAAUUGGAGAAUAUGCUUGAACUGUAAAAGUAAAUCCUUGGAAUGUUUAUAUUUUGUCAAUUGCGCAAGAUCAAUGGCUACUAACCACACCAAAUCUAUAAUCAAAUUUUAUAAGCAAGCGUAGCAAACACAGUAUAGUUAUUUGUUAUGUUUUGUGAAACUCAGAUACAAGAUAUUAUAACAUGCAUGGCAGUAAAAUAUUGAGUUUAUUAACCAUUUUUUGCAUAAACCUUUACAAAGAACCACGGGCAUACAUGAUAAAAUUUGAUCUCUCACUAAUUGUGAAAGAUUAAAAGCAUAUAUUAUGAAAUGUGCACAGUUUAGAUAUUUCAGCAGAGUUAUUGUGAAAGAUUUAAAGCAUAUAUUAUGAAAUGUGUGUAGUUUAGACAUUUCAACAGAGAUACUAUAACAAAAAUUAGAGAAAUGGCAAAAUAUACUCUACAAAUAAAUAAACUAAAAUUUAUCAAAUUUCAGAUUUGAUUGA